AUGAGCAUUGGGCAGCAAAUCUCCACGAUGCGGCUGCAGCUUACAGCGAACUCACAGGGAUUUGAAAAAGAGCCGCUGCAAGAAAUGUGUUCAUUAUAUCACGUGAUUUUCUUCACAAACAGGGGGCCGUCAGUCACACGGCGAUGUGUCGCCGACUCUGGCCAGGAGGGCGUCUGCGUGCUCGCCAAGCAGUGUCUCAAGGACGGAGGCGUCUCGCUGGGACGGUGCUCCGACGGGAAAACGAUCUGCUGCCACCGUCCCGAACAGGAGACGUCGGUCAGGUGCGGCAGCGUGGUGACCGACGACGAGGUGGUGUUCCGCAGUCCCGAGUACCCGCACCAGCAAGCCGUCUUCGGACAGUGCCAGGUCACGGUGCACGCCCGAGAGGAGGUCUGCCAGCUGCGGCUGGACUUCUCCGAGUUUUCGCUCUCGCCGCCGGAGACUUGCGGGCCACGGGCCGGCCACUGCCUGGACGACGCGUUCAGCGUGUCCGCAGGCCUCGAGUCCGCCAACUACCCCGUCCUCUGCGGUUUCAACAGCGGCCAGCACAUGUACGUUGACGUGAGCCAGACCAAGCAGGCCGUCCUUUCUGUUCGUCUGAGUGCCCGCACAGAAAUGGAGCGCCGGUGGAGCAUUCGUAUCACGCAGGUGGCCUGCUGGAGUCCCACUAUGGCUCCUGAGGGCUGUCUGCAGUACCACACCAAAGCUGCAGAUAUCAUCACCAGCUUCAACUUCGCCCGCAACCCAACCGGUUUCCAUUAUUUUGCCAACAUGCAUUACUCCAUUUGCAUCCGACGUCAGCUCGGCUUUUGCUCUAUCCUGUUCCAGGAGAAUGGUGCCAACGGCUUCCGCCUCAGCCCCCUGGUAAACCAGCGUUGCCGCGACGCUUACGUACUCAUUCCUACCGGCUCAACUGGCACUGUCACCGAGGGCAACCUGGGUGACCGGAUCUGCGGCACCACUUUUACACCUGUUGCUUCCAACCUCGCACCCUUCCGUGUAUCGUUCGUGACUGGGCCUCGUAUUGGCUACACGGACUGCCCUUGCCCGGGACGCCGCCCGAGUGCACCUACAUCGCGCCCGAACACGCCAGAGCGCCCCAAUUUGCCCCCACGCCAGCCCACUCUGCCACCACGUCAGCCCACACUGCCGCCACUUCCUCCCCCUCGUCCCAACCCACCUACCGCGACUGUGCGGCCGCCUGUUCCUGAGACUCCUAUCGGAUCCCAGCAACCCGGAGGACUGGGCUUCCCUCCGUCAAACCAGACGCAGGGAAGGCAGUUCGCCGACGCCCUGGUGUGCCGCGCUGGCGGCUUCAGUCUGCGCUACGCUCAGCUACCUCACGGUUGCUGAGUGUCCACGUGUCUACCUCCCCGUUCUAGUCCACUGUACAGUUCUGUAAAUACUGUAAAUACUGCAAUAAAGUAUUGUAUAUUCAC